GCGUUUAGUUUUUAACCCGCUUUGCCACGUAAAUUGGAUAAAAAGACAUUGAAUUUGGUAGAGACAUAAUGAUUAUUUAUACAAAUGAGGGAAAUCCGCUCGGGCUUAAGUUGCUAAUGCUCGCCAAAUUCGCAAAGCAAUCGGUCCAGCUACAAGUAGUUAACCUAAAUGAUGCUAAGCAUAAAGAUUUGCUGGUGCUGCCAACACUAGAGCUGGACAAUGGUCAGCGGCUCUUCUCAUCUGUGGCUAUUGCCAAAUACCUCUUUGACGAGGAGGAUCAGCUUAGGGACGAGUGGCUAGAAUGGUCCACAACGUUGCUAGCGCCCGCAUUGGCACAUCACAUGGCAGUGGGACAUCGGGCAGACCCCAAUGCACUUCCGGUCUUAAAUGCACUUGUAAAGAAGCUGGAUGAUCGCUUGAAAUCCUCACCCUACUUGGCCGGCAACAAACUAACAGCUGCCGACAUCUCAGUGUGGUCGUUGCUGGCACCCGAUGGCACACUGAAGGGUGCACAGAACGUGGACAGCCUGCGCGAUUGGUAUGGGAAAGUGAAGGCACUGCCCGAGGUACAAGCAGCACUGGCGGAGCAGCCGCUCAAGGAUCUCUCUUUUAAUGCGCUCCAAAACGCCAAUAGAUAUGGUGGCUUAUACCACGUACCGCUUAAGCUGCCUAAUACGGCUGAUACGGGUAAGCUGCUAGCCGAGGCAGCUUCCACUCUGGCCGACACCAUCACAGAUGAGGAAAUCAAUGCAGCACGUGCUGCUUUUACCUAUACUGAGCCCAAGAAAUAUAACGAACCACGCACUGUGCUGCCCAAAGCUGGAGAGCGGAAUGUGCUCGUCACAUCGGCCUUGCCGUAUGUCAACAAUGUUCCUCAUCUGGGAAAUAUCAUUGGUUGUGUACUAUCAUCGGAUAUAUUCGCACGGUACUCUCGCUGUGCCGGUUACAACACAUUAUUUAUUAGUGGUACCGAUGAGUACGGCACAGCCACGGAGAAUAAGGCGCUAGCUGAGAAUAUGACGCCCCGGGAGAUUUGCGAUAAGUAUUUCGAACUGCAUAACGGUAUUUACCGUUGGUUCGGCAUCGGCUUCGAUUAUUUUGGACGAACAACAGCACAGGAGCAAACAGACAUUGUACAGGAAGCGUUUCAUGAUGUAUACAAGGCCGGCUUCAUUCUGAAAGAGAGCGUAGAGCAAUUGCUGUGCCAGAAGUGCGACCGCUUCUUGGCCGAUCGCUUUGUGGAAGGCACCUGUCCACAUCCUGGCUGCGGAUAUGAGGAUGCACGUGGAGAUCAAUGCGACAAGUGCGGAAAACUAGUCAAUGCUACAGAACUCAUCCGUCCUCGUUGUAAAGUGUGUAACACAGCUCCAGUGCUGCGGUCUUCUGACCAACUGUUUAUCGAUCUGCCCAAGGCAGAACCGCAACUACGAGAAUGGGUGGAUCACGCCGAGAAUGGUUGGACUAACAAUGCACGCGUUAUCACACGGGCCUGGUUGCGUGAAGGACUCAAACCGCGUUGCAUUACACGCGAUCUGAAAUGGGGUAUACCUGUACCUCAUAAAGGCUUUGAAAAUAAGGUGUUUUAUGUGUGGUUCGAUGCACCUUUCGGCUAUGUGUCUAUGACCAAGCGGUACACAAAGGACUACCAGCAAUGGUGGCAGCCCGCCAAAGGCACUGAAGUCGAGCUCUUCCAGUUCAUGGCCAAGGACAAUGUGCCUUUCCAUUCUGUGGUGUGGCCCAGCGUACUGCUGGCUAUAAACAAGGGCCACACACUGGUCGCGCACAUCAUGGCCACCGAGUAUCUAAACUAUGAGGAUGGCAAAUUUAGUAAGAGUCGCGGCAUUGGUGUCUUCGGCAACGAUGCCCAAGAUACGGGAAUUCCAGCAGACGUGUGGCGUUUCUACUUGGCUUCAGCGCGACCGGAAGGCCAAGAUUCUAGCUUCAGUUGGAAUGAUUUGGCUGCUCGCAACAACUCAGAGCUGCUAAACAAUCUGGGCAACUUUGUAAACCGCGCACUCGUCUUCUGCGAGAAGAACUUCAACAGCACCGUACCAGAGAUUGCGUUAACUCAAGACGAACUGAUAUUGCUGGCGCUGGUUAAUCGUGAGCUGCGCGGCUACAUCAACUCUCUCGAGAAAGCCAAGCUGCGCGACGGCAUACGCCAUUUGAUGUCAAUCUCUCGCCACGGCAAUGGCUACAUGCAGACGCAACAGCCGUGGUUGCUACUCAAGGGUAAUGCCGAACAGAAGGCGCGAGCGGCCACCAUUAUUGGUCUAUGCGUGAAUUUGGCAUGUCUACUGGCCAAUUUGCUAUACCCGUACAUGCCAUCUACUGCGCGCACACUCUUCGCUCAGCUAAAUGCUCAACACACGCGACUUAAUGCCGACAAACCUUUGGCCACGUUACUGCUACGCACAGGACAUAAAAUAGGCAAACCAGCGCCACUAUUCGCCAAACUGGAGCAAGCCUUUAUUGAUGAGCUCAAAGGAAAGUAUGGCGGUACGCAGACUCAAGCAAAAGAGGAAAACACCAGUUCAGCCACUUCCCAGCCGACAAAUGUGGCUGAGCUUGAGAAAGCGGUGCAGGCACAGGGCGAAAAAGUACGUCAGUUGAAGGCUAGCACAAAGGACAAAGCCGUCUGGCAGCCGGAAGUGGCUAAGCUCUUAGAUUUGAAGAAACAAUUGGAGGCUGCACAGAAGACGACAACUGCGCCUUUUCCCAGCGACAAUGCCAAACAAAAUGGCACUCGAUCUGUUCAGGAACUGGAAGCAGCUGUGCAAGCGCAGGGCAAUAAGGUCCGCCAAUUGAAGGGAAGCACUAAGGACAAGGCUGUGUGGCAACCCGAGGUUAACAUACUGCUUGACCUGAAGAAACAAUUAGAGGCUGCAAAAAAGGCUGCCAAAUAGGCAUCGAGCGCAGAAUUAUCGCUGGGAAAUGGAUUUUUCACAAUGGCUAAAUAAUUUGACUUGAAUUACCUCAUUUAUGUAUCUAGUGCGUAUGCAAUUUUAUAAACAUUGUAUGGAAACUGUUUGUGGACUCACGAUUUUUAAUUUAUUUUCUUUAAGCUAUUUUGUUCCUUUUGCAUUUACCAAACCCUAUUUAUUUGGUCUAUUACAAUAAUCCAUUAUAAGCAAAUAUAAC